AUGGCUUCCUUCGCCCGUCCUGUCGCAAGUGAGCUUGCGUCAGUCGACUUCUCAGUCUACUCGUCUGAAGAUAUCAAAAAAAUAUCGGUCAAGCGCAUUUUCAAUACGCCGUCUUUGGACUCACUUCACAACCCUAUACCUCACUCACUUUACGAUCCGGCUUUGGGAGCUUGGGGAGACCAUGUCUGUACUACUUGCCGUGCGAGCUCUUGGUCGUGCCCAGGUCAUCCUGGUCACAUAGAGCUACCUGUUCCCGUUUGGAAUGUGACGUUCUUUGAUCAGGUAUAUCGCCUACUUCGAGCAAAGUGCGAUUACUGUCACCGCCUGCGAAUGCCUCGGAUUGAGAUUAAUGCAUUUGCCUGCAAACUACGACUCCUUCAGUAUGGAUUGGUCGACCAGACGGCUAAGAUCGAUAUGAUAGGUGAGGAUGCACAGGAUGCCGCAGUCGACGCAGACGAGAAAGGAAAUGUUGAUCCUCAGACAAAAAUGGAGCUACGGAACAAGUUCGUCAAGAAAUGCAUCCGCGAGGCUCAGAAGCAAGGCGACGGUGAUGCUCUCUUUGGAGGAGCAAAGAACCCAGUUUCCGCUGAGCAACGAAGAGAAUUGAUCAAGGAAUUUUUUAAGGAGGCCGCUAAGAAUCCCCAGAAGCCUUGUGCCAAUUGUCAUUAUACAUCGCCCGGUUACCGAAAAGACCGAUACGCCAAGAUCUUUCGCAAAGCCAUGACCACCAAGGCGUUGGUUGCAAAUCAAAUGGCCGGAAUGUCAGCUCCCAAUCCUGUCAUCGUCCUUCAAGAGGAAAAAAGACUUCUCAAUAAAACCAAAGAGCAAGAUAAACAAAAUGGUACCGCUAUUGGGGAUGUUGCCGAGCUUCACGGAGCUGAAGAGGAAGUCGUCCGAGCAAACGCUGCGAUUGACCAAGGCUCACUAGCUGGUGGUCAAGUAGGCGGACAACAGUUUGUUUCAGCACCCGAAGUCCAUGCCGCUAUAUGCUUGCUGUUUGAAAAAGAGCGGGAGAUUUUAAACUUGGUUUACAGCUCACGACUUGGCUUUAAGAUCAACCCCGAUAUGAUGUUCGUCAGAAACAUUCUCGUUCCACCAAAUCGUUUUCGUCCACCUGCACAGCAAGGAGGCCAAAUUAUGGAGGCGCAGCAGAACACACCUUUCACGCAGAUCUUGAAGACAUGUGAUUUGAUAAACACGAUUAGCCACUCAAGGCAAACUGCGGAAACCGAUGGUGCUAGAAUGCGAGAAUAUCGUGAUCUACUUCAGGCAAUAGUUACUCUCCAGGAACAAGUCAACAGUCUCAUUGAUAGUGAUCGUGGCCCUGGCGGAAUGGCUGCCGCACGUGCGGCAAAUGGCAUCAAGCAGAUCUUGGAAAAGAAAGAAGGUCUUUUCAGAAAGAACAUGAUGGGAAAGCGUGUCAACUAUGCUGCCCGAAGUGUCAUUUCUCCUGAUCCCAGUCUUGAGACCCACGAGGUCGGUGUUCCUAUGGUUUUUGCUAAGAAGUUGACUUUCCCCGAACCAGUCACAUCCUUCAACUUUCACGAGUUGAGAGAGGCUGUGAUCAACGGACCAGACAAGUACCCUGGAGCUUCGGCGAUCGAGAACGAGUCAGGCCAGGUCGUCAACCUUAAGUUUAAGAAUCUUGAAGAGCGUACUGCACUUGCCAAUCAGUUACUUGCACCAUCACACGCAAAGAUGAAGGGCAACCGCAACAAGAAAGUAUAUCGACAUCUUACUACUGGCGAUUACGUCGUGAUGAAUCGUCAACCUACUCUUCACAAGCCUUCCAUGAUGGGACAUCGUGCGCGAGUCUUACCGAAUGAGAGAGUUCUCCGGCUGCCAUACCCAAACACAAACUCAUACAACGCCGAUUAUGACGGUGACGAAAUGAACAUGCACUUCCCGCAAAAUACGCUAGCUCGAUCUGAGCUCUUGAUGAUCACAGAUGCUGACCGUCAAUACAUAUCUUCGACCGAUGGAAAGCCGCUUCGAGGUUUGAUUCAAGAUCAUAUUACAGUAUCUACCUUCUUGACGAGCCGAGAUACGUUCUUUGAGGAAGAGGAAUAUCAUGAACUUUUGUAUAGUUGUUUGCGACCAGAAAAUGCCAACACUGUCACCGACCGGAUUCAGUUGGUUGAACCUGCCUUCAUCCGCCCGCGGCGUCUUUGGACUGGCAAGCAAGUCAUAUCAACAGUCCUGAAAAACAUCAUGCCGCCAAACAGGAGAGGUCUCAACCUUCAAGGAAAGUCAUCUACUCCUGGAGACAGGUGGGGCAAGGGAAAUGAAGAAGACAAGGUCAUUUUCAAGGAUGGUGAGCUUCUUUGUGGUAUCCUUGAUAAGAAACAGAUUGGUGCCUCAGGAGGUGGUUUCAUCGACGCCAUCCAUGAAAUUUACGGCAAUACGAUUGCAGGCAGCUUAUUGAGUAUUCUUGGACGACUUCUUACCCGCUACCUCAAUAUGCGAGCGUUCAGUUGUGGUAUCGAGGAUCUUCGACUAACGCCAGAAGGAGAUCAAAAACGUGUUGAGAUUCUUAAGAAAGCCGGCGAACUCGGAAAAAACGUUUCAUUGAAAUACGUCACGCUUGACCAGAACCCCGCUGCUGAUCAGGAUGCCGAACUGAAGCGUCGUCUUGAAGAUGUCUUGCGCGAUGAUCAGAAACAGUCAGGCUUGGAUAGUGUCUACAACUCUCAGACAAGGAAGCUUACCUCGGACAUCACAGCUGGAUGUCUUCCACACGGUCUUAUCAAGCAAUUUCCCUGGAAUCAAAUGCAGCUGAUGACUACAACUGGUGCUAAAGGUUCAAGCGUUAACGCAAAUUUGAUUUCGUGCAAUCUCGGACAGCAAGUUUUGGAAGGUCGUCGUGUUCCAGUCAUGGUCAGCGGAAAGACGUUACCAUCUUACCGGGCGUUUGAGACUCAUCCACAAGCUGGUGGGUAUGUCUGUGGUCGUUUCUUGACAGGUAUCAAACCUCAAGAGUACUAUUUCCACACCAUGGCUGGUCGUGAGGGUCUUAUUGAUACUGCUGUCAAGACUGCGAAAUCAGGUUACUUGCAGCGUUGUUUGAUCAAGGGUAUGGAAGCCGUCAAGGUCGAAUAUGAUUCUUCCGUGCGAGAUACUGCCAAUGGAGGAUCCGUCAUUCAGUUCAUCUAUGGUGAGGACGGUCUAGAUGUUGCCAAGCAGGUUCAUCUGCAGAAUUUCAGCUUCUUGGCGCAAAACUAUGUCUCGACUAUGGCACAACUGAACAUGAACCAAGACUACCACAAGCUUGAGAAGCCGGAGGUCACCGAGUGGCACAAGGAUGCUAUGAAGCAGGUCAAGAGGACUGGCAGGUUGGAUGCGAAGGAUCCGGUUCUAGCCGUAUAUCAGCCUGGUGGACAUUUUGGAAGUGUUUCUGAGGCUUUCUCACAGGCUUUGAAGAAGUACGAGGACAGCAAUCCGGACAAACUUCUCAAGGACAAGAAAGCAGGUAUUGCUGGUGCGCUAAGCAAGAAAGCCUUUGAAAGUGUUAUGCACAUGAAGUACUUGAAUAGCGUCAUCGAUCCUGGUGAUGCUGUCGGUAUUGUUGCUGGUCAGUCUAUUGGAUCGCAAACCACUCAAAUGACUCUCAACACGUUCCAUUUGGCAGGUCACAGUGCCCGUAACGUUACUCUUGGUGUUCCUCGACUUCGAGAAAUUGUGAUGACAGCAAGUAAAAAGCCAAUGACUCCUACCAUGACUGUAGAAGUCAUCGAAGAGUUGAGUGAGGAGAAAGGAGAAUCCUUCGCAAAAGGAAUCAGCAGACUUAGCAUAGCAGAAGUUAUUGAUUCCCUGCAAGUGAGAGAGACAACCUCUGGCAAGGACGAGAAAUUCAAGAUCUAUGAUAUCGACAUGAAGUUCUUUGACUCCAAAGAAUACGAGAAAGAAUAUGCCAUCACGAAACGUGACCUUGUGAGAGCGCUUCAGGAUGAAUUCCUUCCCAAGUUUAUCAAAAAGAUCAGUGACGAGAUCAAGAGGCGCUAUGAUGAGCAAAAUCUCGCGGGAUUUUCAGCUGCUCAGCCUGAAAUUGGUGUCUCUAUCGGCACAACUGAACGUUUCGAAGGCGCCAUCCGAGAAACACAGGCAGGGGGUGCGGGCGAUGACGAUGACGAUGCGGACGAGGAUAACGAGGACGACGAAGAAGACGCAAAACGUGGCCAGAGCAAACAGAACCGUGACAACCAAGUCAGCUACGAAGCACCGGACGAUGACGAGGAUAUAAUUAGAAAAGAACAAGAUGAGUCCGACCUUGAAGACGACGACGAGGACAAUGAAAACAAACAGAAACAAGACCGAAAACUUGAAGAUGAAUCUGAGUCAUCCGACUCAUCCGAUGACGAGGAUGAAAUGACUGAGCAAGCAAAACUGGAUCGAACUGAUGUGGAGGAGCGUACUAAGGAGAUCUUGGGCAAAUAUCCUGAAAUCAGUAUCUUCAAAUAUAACGCCCAGGAAGGUAAUUCGUGCUUCAUUCGUCUUCAGUACAAGAUCAGCACGCCCAAGCUUCUGGUUCUCCCUCUCGUCGAAGAUUGUGCUCGACGUGCCGUCAUCCAAGCUGUCCAGGAUAUCGGUUCAUGCCUUUACACCCCAGCCGACGCAGAGAAUAAAGAACCCGCCAAGAUCGAUAUCGAAGGUGUCAACCUUCUGGCUAUGCGCGAUUACCAAGAUUACAUCAAACCGCAUACCAUCCGCACAAAUUCGAUUCACGACAUGCUCAUUUACUACGGUGUCGAAGCAGCCCGCUCCACCAUCAUUCGCGAAAUGUCAGACGUCUUCUCUGGUCACAGCAUCACCGUCGAUAACCGCCAUUUGAACCUGAUCGGUGACGUGAUGACACACAGCGGUGGCUUCAAGUCCUACAGCCGUAACGGUCUAAUCAGGGAAAGCAACUCGCCUUUCUCAAAGAGUUCCUUUGAGACCAGCGUUGGUUUCAUGAGAGAUGCCGUUCUUGAGCGCGACUUUGACGAUUUGAAGAGUCCCAGUAGUCGUAUUGUUGUUGGCCGCCUUGGUAAUGUCGGAACUGGGGCGUUCGAUAUAUUCGCUCCUGUGGCAUAA